AUGGAGAAUAACAGCAAUAUGGAACAACCAUGUGCACCACCGGCUUUGGCCCCUGCAAGCGAGGCACGACGUCGUACUCAUCACCAAGCGCGCAGAACAUCCCGAUCUCGAUCCCAUAGCUCUUCGAAAGGUGCUUCCUCGACUUUGAAGUCACGAAAACGUUUGGGCAAGUCCCUGAGUCGUUCAAUCAAACGUUUAGCCGGGAUCAAACGAAAUCGAAACAGUUCACGUUCCCGUUCACGAUCAAGCAGUCUGUCAAAAAAAAUGCGCAAUAAUGCCAAUGCUCAGAAUAACAGUGCCGCACGCCAUCAUGUUCGGGUACGGAAGACGAAACUAUUAAAGAAAAAAAUCGCACUUGUUCGAGCCACCAGGAAACGCGCAUUGGCUGUGCGAAAGCACAAGUGA